CUUCCGGUGUGAGUUGCGGGGCCGGGGGGGGUCAAGAUGGCGGCGGCAGUAGGGGUCCGCGGCCGGUGCGACCUGCCGCCUUGCUCUGGCCCACGCUGGCUUCUCAGUCUUUCCACUCUGCUGAGUGUAGCGGCUCGAGGUGCCUUCGCCACCACGCACUGGGUUGUCACCGAGGACGGAAAGAUCCAGCAGCAGGUGGAUUCACCGAUGAACUUGAAGCAUCCCCAUGACUUAGUCAUAUUAAUGAGACAAGAAACCACAGUUAACUACCUCAAAGAAUUAGAGAAGCAGUUAGUUGCUCAAAAAAUUCACAUAGAGGAGAAUGAGGACAGAGACACAGGACUGGAACAGAGACAUAAUAAAGAGGACCCAGACUGCAUCAAAGCCAAGGUGCCCUUAGGGGACCUGGAUCUGUAUGAUGGAACAUACAUAACUUUGGAGAGCAAAGACAUCAGCCCUGAAGAUUAUAUAGAUGCAGAAUCUCCCGUCCCUCCAGACCCCGAGCAACCUGACUGCACUAAAAUUCUAGAACUUCCGUAUAGUAUACAUGCUUUCCAGCACUUGCGAGGUGUACAAGAGAGAGUCAAUCUUUCUGCCCCUCUAUUGCCUAAAGAAGAUCCAAUCUUCACGUAUUUAUCUAAGCGACUAGGAAGAAGUAUAGAUGACAUAGGUCACCUCAUUCAUGAGGGCCUGCAGAAGAACUCUUCCUCAUGGGUACUAUAUAACAUGGCUUCAUUUUACUGGAGAAUAAAAAAUGAACCAUAUCAAGUAGUGGAAUGUGCCAUGCGAGCGCUCCACUUCUCUUCCAGGCACAAUAAAGACAUUGCUUUGGUCAAUUUAGCGAACGUUCUACACAGAGCGCACUUCUCUGCCGAUGCUGCUGUCGUGGUCCAUGCUGCUCUGGAUGACAGUGACUUCUUCACCAGCUACUACACACUGGGGAACAUAUACGCAAUGCUUGGGGAAUAUAACCACUCAGUGCUUUGUUACGAUCAUGCCUUGCAAGCCAAACCUGGAUUCGAACAAGCUAUAAAAAGAAAGCAUGCUGUCCUAUGUCAGCAAAAACUGGAGCAGAAAUUGGAGGCUCAACAUAGAUCCCUCCAGCGAACACUGAAUGAGUUAAAAGAAUAUCAGAAGCAGCAUGACCACUACCUGAGACAGCAAGAGAUCCUAGAGAAGCACAAGCUAAUUCAGGAGGAACAGAUCUUACGAAAUAUUAUCCACGAGACGCAGAUGGCAAAAGAAGCACAGUUAGGAAAUCAUCAAAUAUGCCGGCUGGUCAACCAGCAGCAUAGUUUACAUUGCCAGUGGGACCAACCUGUGCGCUACCAUCGGGGCGAUAUCUUUGAAAACGUGGACUAUGUGCAGUUUGGAGAGGAUUCAUCGACCUCCAGUAUGACAUCUGUGAACUUUGAUGUUCCAGCAAAUCAGAGUGAUACCAGUGAUUCAGUCACAUCUUCCCCCGUAGCCCAUUCUGUUCUCUGGAUCUGGGGCCGGGACUCUGAUGCAUAUAGGGACAAACAGCAUAUCCUGUGGCCUAAAAGAGCAGACUGUGCAGAGAGCUACCCUAGAGUCCCUGCUGGCGGGGAAUUGCCAACAUACUUUCUGCCUCCGGAGAACAAAGGACUCAGGAUCCACGAACUCAACAGUGAUGAUUAUUCUUCAGAAGAAGAGGCCCAAACCCCUGACUGUUCCAUAACUGACUUCAGAAAAAGCCACACUCUGUCCUACUUAGUCAAAGAAUUAGAGGUCCGCAUGGAUCUGAAAGCCAAAAUACCAGAUGACCAUGCACGAAAAAUUUUGCUUUCCCGUAUUAACAACUAUACUAUCCCAGAAGAAGAAAUUGGCUCUUUCUUAUUUCAUGCUAUUAAUAAGCCCAAUGCUCCUGUUUGGCUCAUACUCAAUGAAGCUGGGCUCUACUGGAGAGCAGUGGGAAACAGCACUUUUGCCAUUGCUUGUCUCCAGAGAGCUUUGAAUCUGGCUCCGCUUCAAUACCAGGACAUUCCUCUUGUCAACUUAGCCAACCUUUUGAUUCACUAUGGCCUGCAUCUUGAUGCCACUAAGCUGCUACUUCAGGCUUUGGCCGUCAAUAGCUCAGAGCCCCUGACUUUUUUGAGCCUGGGAAAUGCCUACCUUGCUUUGAAGAAUAUCAGUGGGGCACUUGAAGCCUUCAGACAGGCUUUGAAAUUAACUACCAAAUGUCCAGAGUGUGAGAACAGCCUUAAGUUGAUCCGCUGUAUGCAGUUUUACCCAUUUCUGUACAACAUCAGCUCUUCUGUUUGCAGUGGUAAUUGUCAUGAGAAAGCCCUGGACAACAGCCAUGGCAAACAGAAAUACUUUGAGAACCCACAGUCCCUGGAUGCUGCCCAAGAAGAACCCUCGGAAAGAGGAGCAGAGGACGAUCUUGGACUCUCUGUUGAGAAUUCAGGGAGGGGCCCUGAUGCCCUUAGACUUGAAACUACAGUGGUCGAAGAAAGCAAUGGUUCUGAUGAAAUGGAGAACUCAGAUGAAACAAAGAUGUCAGAAGAGAUACUGGCUUUGGUGGAUGAAUUCCAACAGGCGUGGCCCCUGGAAGGCUUUGGGGGAGGCCUAGAGAUGAAGGGGAGGCGUCUAGACUUACAGGGGAUUCGGGUCUUGAAGAAAGGUCCCCAGGAUGGAGUGGCCAGAAGCUCUUGCUAUGGAGACUGCAGAAGCGAAGACGACGAAGCAACAGAAUGGAUCACAUUCCAGGUCAAACGAGUUAAGAAACCCAAAGGAGAGCAUAAGAAAACUCCUGGGAAAAAGGUAGAAUCGAACCAAGCAGAAAAUGGACCCCGUUACCAAGCAAACCUGGAGAUCACCGGCCCAAAGGUGGCAUCUCCAGGGCCACAGGGAAAAAAACGUGACUACCAGAGUCUAGGAUGGCCCAGCCCCGACGAAUGCCUCAAACUCCGCUGGGUAGAGCUGACUGCCAUCGUGAGUACCUGGCUUGCAGUUUCUUCAAAAAACAUUGACAUCACAGAGCACAUCGACUUUGCCACGCCCAUACAGCAGCCAGCGACAGAGCCCCUGUGCAAUGGUAACCUCCCCACGAGCAUGCACACCCUGGACCACUUGCACGGCGUGUCUAACCGAGCCAGCCUGCACUACACGGGCGAGAGUCAGCUUACAGAGGUAUUGCAGAAUCUUGGCAAAGACCAGUACCCACAGCAGUCACUUGAACAAAUUGGCACCCGAAUUGCCAAAGUUUUGGAAAAAAACCAGACGUCCUGGGUCCUUUCCAGCAUGGCGGCCCUCUACUGGCGAGUGAAAGGCCAAGGAAAGAAGGCCAUAGACUGCCUGCGCCAGGCCCUGCAUUAUGCUCCGCACCAAAUGAAAGAUGUGCCCCUGAUCAGCCUGGCCAACAUCUUACACAACGCCAAGCUCUGGAACGAUGCCGUCAUAGUGGCCACCAUGGCAGUAGAGAUCGCGCCGCACUUCGCCGUGAACCACUUCACGCUGGGCAACGUCUACGUGGCCAUGGUGAGACUGGGGAGGAGUUUGAGAAAGCGCUGGUGUGGUACGAGUCGACCCUGAAACUGCAGCCCGAGUUUGUCCCAGCCAAGAACCGCAUCCAGACUAUUCAGUGUCACUUAAUGCUCAAGAAGGGACGGCGUUCUCCGUAGUGCACUGCUGUUGUCUUCCCUUGCCUCACGCUCUCAGCAGAGUUUGCCGCGAACCCAGCCAUCAGCAUCUCCUCCUGACGGCGCAUGAGAAUGGCUAAGACGAGGAACAGGACUUGGACAAAUGUGGGAGUGCGCCUGGUGUGAUUUUCAGUUCCUCCUUUUCCCCAGCUGGCCUCAAAAGAGGCACCUUCAGAAACACAGAUUUCUUAAAAAGGAAAACGCAGCUUACAGAUACAGUGUAAAUACUGAGCCAAGACAUUUCUGGAGCUUUGGUUUGUUUCCAAAGCCUCGAGGCCUUUAGGGCUUCUCUCUGUGGUCCAGCCAGCUCCUCCCUAGAGGAUGCCAAAGCCACACUUCACAUUCUCUGCUUCUGUUGCAGCCCACGCGGGCAGGGGGAGCGCCAAGCCCACCAGCUCUCCCCUUUCCCCGGGCCUGUCCAUUCCAUGCUGCUGUGUUACGCGCUCUCAGAGGUAGUUUGCAGGGGAGGAGGGGAAAACUGAUUUUAAAAUCAAAAUAUUUACAACAGCAAAAACUCUUAGGGUCUCCUGGCCUUUGUGACGUUAUUUAUGUUGGGGAGGGAGGGGGGCUGAGAAGGGGGAAUCAGCAGUGUGCAGCAUCUUUAUCAUUUGUACUUUUAAUUACCAAUCACAAGGAAACCAAUACAUGGCAAUCCUAUAUAACAGGUUAUAUAUAUAGAAUAUGUAUAUUUGAAGCCCUCUAAGACUGAGUCUGUGUUUACUAAUUCUCUGCUCACUGUAUCACCCACCUUGGGAUAGGUGUGACUGUCAGCUUCCUCUCUGAGGCCUUCCCACCAAGCUCCUUGGGAGAGAGUAGGGACGGAGGUCUAGUGUCUCCAUGCAGUGCCUCUGCCCGUGGUCCCAGGAGAAUCAGAAACUCCCAACAUUUUGGAAUCGUCAAGGGCACAUACUGAGAACAAAAAUAAAAGUUGUUUAUGAGCAAAA